AUGGUGGCCCCGAUCGCGGUGGCGUCGGCGGGGCUGGGGAUGUUGGCGGGGGUGGCCAUGGCCAACAGGUCCAUGCAGGAGGGGAGGCCCGCGGCGGCGGUGCGGUGGCCGCUGCUGCAGAAGCCGCGGUGCGCCACAUGCAGCGGGACGGGAAGGGUGGAGUGCCUGUGCUCCCGGUGGUCCGACGGGGACGGCUCAGGCUGCCGGACCUGCGCGGGCACCCGGAGGAUGCCUUGCCGGAGCUGCGGCGGGUCCGGGACCGGACGCCGGGCGCCCGUGCGGAUCGCCACCGCCUCCGCCACGCCACUCCGGCCACGGGCGAGCACGCGGUGA